UUUUGUUUAAGCCAAUCAAGCCAGCGAAAACGUCAAUACAUGACAGAGAAGUGUGUACUCAAAAGCUUGAAGGAAAAAAAAAUACAAACGUGGAGGAGGAAGCAAGCAAGCAAUUGCAAUAUAUAUGCUCCCGUUGACAAAAUACAAAAUAGGGGUAUAUACCAUUUAUAUAUCCGAUUAGAUUAGCAUAAAUAGGCGGCCAUUUUUUCUCAAAAUCUGCAAGAAUCUCCUUCUCUCUGUCUGACAGUCUUCUCCAGGAGAAUCCCCUAGCUAGUACUGGUGCAGAAAUGUCAGCACAAUUGGGAGUGCUUAAUGCACUCGAUGUAGCAAAGACCCAACUAUACCAUUUCACUGCAAUUGUGAUUGCGGGAAUGGGUUUUUUCACAGAUGCUUAUGAUCUCUUCUCCAUAUCACUAGUCACCAAACUGUUGGGUCGCAUAUACUACCACAUUGAAGGUGCAGAAAAGCCAGGCUCUCUGCCUCCCAGAGUUGCUGCUGCAGUUAAUGGUGUGGCGCUAUGUGGAACUUUAGCUGGACAGCUCUUCUUUGGAUGGCUUGGGGACAAACUUGGUCGCAAAAAAGUCUACGGACUGACUCUGAUUCUAAUGAUUGUUUGUUCUGUUGCAUCUGGGCUUUCGUUUGGAAGUUCUCCAAAGGGUGUUAUGGCGACCCUUUGUUUCUUCAGGUUCUGGCUUGGAUUUGGUAUCGGUGGCGAUUACCCUCUUUCGGCUACAAUUAUGUCUGAAUACGCCAACAAAAAGACUCGAGGCGCGUUCAUUGCUGCGGUGUUUGCAAUGCAAGGAUUUGGGAUUUUGACUGGUGGGAUUGUUGCUCUUAUUGUGUCAGCUGCAUUUGAUCACAGUUUCAAGGCUCCUCCUUAUAGUGUUGAUGCAAAAGCCUCAACUGUGCCUGAAGCUGACUAUAUUUGGCGCAUAAUCUUGAUGGUUGGCGCACUACCUGCUGCGCUUACUUUCUAUUGGCGUAUGAAGAUGCCCGAGACUGCUCGUUACACCGCCUUAGUAGCCAAGAACGCGAAACAGGCUGCUAUGGACAUGUCUAAGGUGUUGAAUGUUGAUCUUGAAGCAGAGGAGGAGAAGGUAAAAAAAUUAACUGAAGAACCAUCAAAUUCUUUUGGCUUGUUCUCCAAGGAAUUCGCAAAACGACAUGGUCUUCACUUGCUUGGAACUACUAGUACUUGGUUUUUAUUGGAUAUAGCAUUCUAUUCUCAGAAUUUGUUCCAAAAAGAUAUAUUUACUGCUAUCAAAUGGAUUCCACCAGCAGCAACGAUGAAUGCAGUUCAUGAGGUGUACAGAAUUGCAAGAGCACAAACCCUCAUCGCCCUGUGCAGUACCGUGCCGGGGUACUGGUUUACGGUUGCAUUCAUCGAUUAUAUGGGGAGAUUCGUGAUUCAGUUGAUGGGUUUCUUCUUCAUGACAGUUUUCAUGUUUGCACUUGCAAUACCAUAUCAUCACUGGACUUUAGAGCCUAACAGAAUUGGGUUUGUUGUUAUCUACUCACUGACAUUUUUCUUCGCAAAUUUUGGACCAAAUGCAACAACAUUUGUUGUGCCAGCAGAAAUCUUCCCUGCAAGGCUAAGAUCAACUUGUCAUGGAAUCUCGGCGGCCGCGGGAAAAGCCGGUGCUAUUAUUGGUGCAUUCGGUUUCUUGUAUGCAGCACAAAGUACAGACCCAAAGAAGACUGAUGCAGGUUACCCUACUGGAAUUGGUAUCAAGAAUUCACUCAUUGCACUUGGUGUGGUCAAUUUGUUGGGCAUGUUGUUCACUUUUCUGGUGCCGGAAUCGAAGGGGAAAUCUCUGGAGGAAUUGUCAGGUGAAAAUGAGGAAGAGAAUGGGGAGGUUGCUGCUUCUGCAAGGACUGUCAAUCCUGAGUGAUUUCAGAAAUGCAAGUCCCAAAAUGCUUAUACGUUUUUGAUUAUAUGGUGUGCUUGAUUUUGAUUCGUGUGGUACUUGUUUAUGAUUUUCCUUCAUGUAAUAAUUUCAAUUACAUAUGUGUAAUAAAAUUUUUUUAAAAUACCACUGAGAAAUAUGUUUCACAUUAGAAUCGAACUUUGGACAUAUAUAUGUCUAACCCAAUCGAUUACCAACCGAAUCACCUCUCAUUGGUUAUGUGUAAUAAUUUUAAGUAAUAAUGUUUCUGCUUGAUG